GUCCUCACAGAAACAUCCCUCUUGCACCAUACACCAGGGAUAUCCUGAGGAGAUAUUUAACGGAGUAUCAUCACCACAGUACCUGAAUUGAGAACCAUGGCUCUGAUGAAGUCUGGAUGGCUUUGGAGAAAGACCUCCAUGCUCAAGCGCUGGAAACACAACUGGUGUGACCUGUGGAUCGACGGGAGUCUCGUCUUCUACAAGUCAGACAGCCGGAGGGAUUACGAAACACGAGUGGGUCUGAAAAACUCCUGCAUCAAUGUCAGGUCUGGGCUGGAGUGUGCAGGUGUGAUCCCACCAGACAACCAGCCCAGGGAAAACCUCCUGGUGGUGACCAUGAGAGACGGCUCGGACAUCAUCCUGUGUGCCAACAGCGAAGACGAGGCACUGGCAUGGAAACUCACCAUCAUGGAGGCCAAGAGAAACCCAGUAUUCGUGUACGAUCCGUGUGAUAAUACAUACGAGACGGUUGGAGUGGACGGCCACAACAAUGUCUGUGUGGCACCUGGCAAUGGAGCUGCCCACCACGUGUGGAUCCAUCACGAGCCAUACAACGACGGCAUAGGAGAGCAGGUGGCACUGGGGCUGCUAGCGGGCAUGGUUGCGGGCGCUUCCAUGCGCUCGUUGAUGUGGAUGCCGUUCUGGUUCUGCUAGCGGAGGCCGCGCGGCGCUCUCAGUAUUACCAGGACAGCACUUCAGGCUCCAGCAGUAGAGCUGCUGACCAGGUUGGCUGGUGGGAAACCUACACUCGCUACGGGGGGA